AAAAGUGCGCGUGAUUGCUUAUAGUCUCUGCCGCACCGUGACCCUGGGACUCCUUUGAUCCCACUAGGAUAGACCUAGUAUACGAGGGAAGAUAAUUGUUCCUUUUUAUAGUGAUUCCCCGCGAAAGAUUUCUCCUGAAGUUGGAGUCCUGGUACAGCAAUGUCCCAGCGGUCUUAUGAAGUGGUCGAAGGAUUCUUCGUGCAAGAAGGUGGCGCUCGUCUAGGCGAGGUACUUCCUCCUCGAUUCGGGUUGAAAGACGCUUCUGAUGAUCGAUGGAAGACGUUCAGGGAAAAGAUAGAUCGGCUUAAUACGUCCUCUCCUGCAGAUACGCAGUAUAAGGUGUUUUUCGUGGGCAGACACGGUGAAGGCUUUCACAACGUAGCCGAGGCGAAGUACGGCACACAGGCAUGGAACGACUACUGGUCGAAGAAGAACGGCGAUGGAGAAUUGAUUUGGGGACCGGAUCCGGAAUUGACUGCUCUUGGCAAGGAUCAGGCGAAAUCUGCCCAUGACGCAUGGAAGAAAGAACUCGAGUUCGACAUUCCCCUUCCGGGGAAGCUCUACUGCAGUCCUCUUACGCGAGCCAUCCAUACAAACAUGAUAACAUUUGACUCUGUUAUACCUGAAUCACAGCGCACGAUGAUCAUUGAGAAUCUUAGAGAAGGAAACGGCGUUCAUACCUGUGACAAGCGAAGAACGCGCACUUAUAUCAAACGAUCUUUCCCAGACUUCGACAUCGAAGAAGGGUUCGUAGAGGAAGACGAACUCUGGAACGCUGAAUUGAGGGAGACUCAUGAAGAAAUCGAUACCCGGAUGAGGCGCGUACUCGACAUGAUUUUUGAUAACGACCAGGAACAAUUCAUCUCAUUCACUGCCCAUGGAGGCAUCGUGAGUGCAGUGUUGCGGACCACGAAACACAAACAAUACAUUUUACCCACUGGAGGUUCGUGUUCAAACUCGAUUCGAGGACUCAUGCUU